UGAGGACAGAACAAAUAGGUCUGGAGAGGAGGAGAGCAGCACUGUUAAAAAAAUUGAGACUCUUUGGGCAAGACAAACACCAAGCAGAGGCUCUACAGAAAGGAAUAGCUAAGUAUUGACAGGCAUCUGGGACCUGUGAAGCACAACCAGCUGGGCAAGCUGGAAGAUGGGAACGUCUCCAAACAGUGACAUCAAAAACCUCCAUGCAGUGGAGCUUGAUUUAUGUAACAAGGACAUGAUGGCAGGCACAUUUGAUCACAGCAUUAUUUCUGUUGGAGAAGAGGAAGGACCAGGCAAUUUCCAACGUUCUCUUCCAACUCAAGAGUCCCUCCGAUCACCUCGGGGCUCUGUUGUGAGUUUCCAUAACAUCCAGUACUCCAUUAAGCAGUCCAGUGGAUUCCUAUGUAAAAAGAAAAUUGUGGAAAAGAAGAUCCUUCAUAAUGUUUAUGGCAUUAUGAAGCCAGGCUUGAAUGCUAUCCUGGGGCCAACGGGAAGUGGGAAGUCUUCUCUCUUAGAUGUCCUGGCUGCCAGAAAGGACCCAGCAGGACUGUCUGGAGAAGUGUUGAUCGACGGCAUCCCACAGCCUCCAAAUUUCAAGUGCAUCUCAGGAUAUGUUGUACAGGAUGAUGUUGUCAUGGGGACAAUGACGGUGAGGGAGAACCUGCAUUUCUCUGCUGCCCUGCGACUGCCCAGCUCCAUCAGUGCUGAAGAGAAGGAAGAAAGAGUCACCCAGAUAAUCAGUGAGCUGGGAUUAAGCAAAGUGGCUGAUGCUAAGGUAGGAACCGAAUUGAUCCGGGGAGUGUCUGGAGGGGAACGGAAGAGAACCAACAUUGGGAUGGAGCUCAUCACAGAGCCACCAGUCCUUUUCCUGGAUGAGCCAACAACUGGCCUUGAUGCCAGCACAGCCAAUGCAGUCCUCAUCCUCUUAAAGAAGCUCUCCAGAAGAGGGCGAACCAUCGUAUUUUCUAUCCAUCAGCCUCGCUAUUCCAUAUUCAAGCUGUUUGACAGUCUGACAUUGCUAGCUUUGGGAAAAGUGCUGUACCAUGGUCCUGCGAAGCAGGCCCUGGAGUACUUUAGUUCCAUUGGAUAUGAAUGUGAACCCUUCAACAAUCCAGCUGACUUUUUCCUUGAUGUCAUAAAUGGUGAUUCAACUGCUGUGGCAGCAAGCAAAGAAGAUCACAGACCUAUUAACACAGGAAAGGAAGUGAGCAGUGAAAACGGAGUGUCAGAAGAUAACACGGACAGCAGUGUGGUAGAUGUGCUGCACCAGAAAUACCUCAACUCCAGCCUGUAUCAGAGCACAAAGGAAGCACUGGCAAAAGUGGAGCUUGGACAGGGAAGCAGACAGAGAGCAUCCAAGCAGGGGCAUGAGAUUACCUAUGCAAAUGGAUUCUUCACCCAGCUGUACUGGCUCUCCAAGCGUUCCUUGAAAAACCUCAUCGGGAACCCACAGGCCUCCAUUGCACAAAUUGCAGUGACCGUAAUUCUAGCCUUGGUUGUGGGUGCUAUCUUUUUCGGUGUAAAAUCUGAUCAAAGUGGCAUUCAGAAUAGGGUUGGAUCCUUGUUUUUUGUCACCACAAACCAGUGUUUCUCCAGUGUCUCUGCAAUUGAACUUUUUAUUAGAGACAAGAAACUAUUUGUCCAUCAGUACACCAGUGGAUAUUACCGGGUGUCUGCAUACUUCCUGGCCUUGAUGAUAGGAGACCUCUUGCCAAUGAGAACUGCUCCAGCCAUCAUAUUCUCAUGCAUCAGUUACUGGAUGAUUGGAUACCAAGCUGUUGCAGCCCGGUUCUUCAUCUACAUGCUAAGCCUGGUGUUGGUGUCCUACACUGCCACGGCCAUGUCUCUGGCUAUCAGUGCUGGCAUGGAUGUGGUGGCUGUGGCCAAUCUGCUCAUCACUAUUUGUUUUGUCCUAAUGCUUAUCUUUUCAGGCCUCUUAGUAAACCUCCCUUCAGUGAUGGUAUGGCUGAACUGGCUCAAGUACUUCAGCAUCCCCAGAUAUGGCCUCACUGCUCUUCAAGUGAAUGAGUUUAGAGAGCUCUACUUCUGUGGUGAGAAGACUCCAAAUAUUACAGCAUCUGUGGGAGAUGCAGGCAGCUGUCCUCCUGAAGUUUCAGGGGAAAUGUGUUCUGGUGAAGCAUACCUGUGCAGCCAAGGAAUUGCACCUACCAACUGGGAAAUGUGGGAAAACAUAGUGGCUCUGUUCUGCAUGACUGUUAUCUUCCUUAUUAUUGCCUAUGCAAAACUCCGGUUUAUGAGAAAGUUCACCUAAAACUCUCUUGUUGCCUGCUCUGCAGCUUCUCUGGUCUGCAGAGCUUGUUAGGGCUUAUUGGAGACUGCCAAAACAUUCCAAGUGACCUUACUGGACUUCAGAUGGGAACCCUAUACCCUUGUUUCUAGAACAUGGUUUCCACAUGACUGUAUGCUUUUAAGAAAAAAUGCAUUAGUGUACAUUGAAUAAGUGUAAUUUUUUGUAAGAUAAUAUCAUACUCAUAAUUCCUUAGGUACACAUCAAACUUUAUAUUUGCAAAGCAUUAUUUUGCUGUGGCCAGCUCAUACAGGAACCGUUCAAAGGGAAAUGUUUUCCACUGAACAGGUAGAUUUCUCCACCUCAAAUGGUAUGAGGUGAUUUAUGCAUUGAUAUGUUGCCCCUGGUUAGUGUGUGUCAUACCCGAGAAGAGCCAGAGACCAUCCACAGUGUGCUAGGGGUGCAUUUGAGUUUUAAGGCAGUAUAGCUCUCCUUGCCAAGCAAGAACAAUUAUAUUUCUAGUAGUUUCUCAAUGGAACCUACUUGCAGAAACUACUUUUGCUUGAUCAAAAACUAAACAGUGGUGUGAGACAUCUCACCUAAGAGUGAGAAAUAUAUACUAUUCUGUUGAAAAAAAACAACUCCAAACUGAGCAAACUGCCUUCCCCAAGAAAAAACCUGGCAGCAAAGAAUACCACUUAAGAGGGGAGAAAAUUACUUAAAAAAAAAAAAAGUUUGUAUACUUAGCAAUGGCAGAACUUUUUAACAGAUUUAAUGCUUAGCUGCACAAUCUCUAUAUGAUGCUAGUUGAACAAUGGACUGAAAAAAUCUAUGUAGAUACUGCUGUGGCAACUACAGCAAUGCUUAUCACAGUCACCAAAAAAGACUGAAGUGUGCUAGCAGCUGUUUCCUUACCACAUCAUUAGUGAAAGCAGAGCUGCUUUUAAGCUGCACUACGAGUCUCAUGUGCAAGUGGAACAGCUAAGCCAAAGGAAAGCAUCCUCAAAUACAAGGCUUCAAAUAGAAGUUUCUGUGAGGGCCAGGCUAGCAGCAGCCUUUGGGACUGCCCUGUAGUAUUAAAGGUGCUUCUGGUGCUCUUGCAAUAAUGGUUCAGUCCUGGCUGUAAGGGAAACAAUAAAACUUUGAUUGCACUGACGUGUGGUAACAAACUUCACGACCCACGGAGGUUUAUAAAGCAGGUAUGUUUAAUACCGAGCCGGAGGCAAGGAGGAUCACUCCCCCUGUCUUGCACACCCUUGCUAAGUGCAGGC